AGAAAAUUUAAGGCAGGGAAAAGGGAAAGAGUCCCAGCAGGUACUUACCUACGUAGUACUUGGUCUGGUGCUGGAGAACCUAAGCUCAGGCGAGACGAAGAUAUAAUUUCGCCUAUUUUUUGUCUCCUAUAGCCUCACGCGUUUUAAACGUGUCGUUGCUGUCAACAACAUUAAUAUCAGCCAUGCCGAGUCCUAAAUCCAAAAGUACGGCUACGCCAGCCGCUUCGGCUUCUUCUCAUGGUUAUGAAUUUGGUGGCCCGCUCGGGGCCUUCGGUAUAACCUUUGGUUUGCCUAUUUUAUGUUAUGCCAUGUCCUUUUUAUGUAACGAUGUAUCCGGCUGCCCUGUACCGUCACUCCUCCAUCCUUCCACCUUGACCUGGGCGAAGCUCAAGGACGAAAUUGGUUGGCCUCGAGGAGGCGUCUUCGCAUUAGCGAGCGCCAAAGGGACGCUCGCCGUCCUUGGCUACUAUUUCGCCCUCAUCGUUCUGCAAGCUGUGCUGCCAGGCCAGGUCGCUGAAGGUGUCCAGUUGAGUUCUGGAGGUCGGCUGAAGUACAGGCUCAAUGCUUUUACUUCGGUCAUGGCUAUUAUUGCCGUGGCUGCCGUUGGUACCCUCAAGCAAGGUUCCAACUUUGUUCUCUGGACUUUCAUCUGGGACAACUACCGAGCCCUGCUGACAGCCAAUAUUGCCAUUUCUUAUGCGCUAGCAUGGUUUGUCUACAUACGCAGCUUCUCCAUUAAGCGCGGCAAUCCAGAGCACCGCGAGCUUGCCAAUGGUGGCAAGACUGGAAACCUACUUUACGAUUGGUUCAUCGGGCGCGAGUUGAACCCGCGCGUGACAAUCCCAGUCCUAGGCACCGUCGACAUCAAGGAGUUUUGCGAACUUCGACCCGGAUUGCUUGGUUGGAUCCUGCUCGAUUUGGCCUUCAUCGCGCAACAAUACAGGCGAUAUGGUUUCGCGACGGACAGCAUUUUCUUGAUCACGGGUUUCCAAGCUCUCUACGUUUUCGACGCCCUCUGGAUGGAACCGGCUGUACUUACGACCAUGGAUAUCACCACGGACGGUUUUGGAUUUAUGCUUGCCUUUGGUGACUUGGUCUGGGUUCCAUUCAUCUAUUCUCUUCAAUGCCGUUACUUGGCUGUACAUCCUGUUCAGCUGGGCCUCUGGGGCACGCUGGGUGUGCUUGCUGUUCAGGGACUUGGCUAUUCCAUCUUCCGUGGCGCCAACAACGAGAAGAAUCGUUUCCGCACCGAUCCUAAAGAUCCGAAAGUGGCCCAUUUAAAAUACAUGGAGACCAAAUCUGGCAGCAAACUCCUCAUAUCCGGUUGGUGGGGCGUUGCUCGUCACAUCAAUUAUUUUGGUGACUGGGUGAUGGCGUGGGCAUGGUGUUUGCCGACGGGCAUCGCUGGAUACAUGAUCCAGAAAACGUCUGGGGAUCCGCUCUCUGCCGGCAGCUCCGCGGCGGAAGGGUCCAUCAUCGGGGGCCAGCCGAUCGGUGCGCAAGUGGUCCAGGGUGAAGCGCGGGGGUGGGGCAUGAUCGUGACCUACUUUUACGUCGCGUACUUUGGGGUGCUUCUUGUGCAUCGCGAGAUGCGUGAUGAACAAAAGUGUAGACGGAAAUACGGCAACGAUUGGGACGAAUAUCGGAAAAAGGUCCCGUGGCGGAUGAUUCCCGGCGUGUACUGAGCUGAGAAGCAGUCACCGCCAGGAGGCGCUACACGCAUAUUAUCUUGCGAUAUUUUGCCCGGCAACGUCACUGAAGAAACAAAGUCUUCGCCGCCGUGAGAUGAACGGAUUAUUUUUGUCAAGCGGUCCACCCCAAUAUGACAAAACGUUGAGACUGGGGACCCCACAAAAUACCUUGGACUCAAAGAUUUUGGAGUGACAUGGUUUUCGAUUAAAAUUCAUAUAUAAUUAUCCAAUUAGGCAAUCAAUAAUUUGAAUCAGGAGCG